GGAAAAGGAGGAAGAAGCCCGAGGCCCAGGAGGAGGACGAAGACGAAGAAGAGGAGGAGAACGGAGCGGCGGCGGCGGCCCCGGGAGCCCAGCCCCAGCCCGACCUACACGGACAGGAACAGGAACCGUGCCGGAUCUCCAUCCCCGGCAUGGAGCUGCGUGAAGAGGACUGGUCCCCGGAGCCCCUGGACUCCUCGGAGCAGCAGAUGGCCAGCCGCGAGCACCCAGUGGACAUCCUCCUCCUGGACGACGACGAGGACGAGCCCAGCUGGCCCCCCCCCAAGCCGUCGCCGCCGCCGCCCCCGCUGCCCUCGGCGGGCCCCGGCGGCCGGCCCCGGCCGCCCGCGCCCUACAUCUGCAACGAGUGCGGGAAGAGCUUCAGCCACUGGUCGAAGCUGACGCGGCACCAGCGCACGCACACGGGCGAGCGGCCCAACGCGUGCUCCGACUGCGGGAAGACGUUCUCGCAGAGCUCGCACCUGGUGCAGCACCGGCGCAUCCACACGGGCGAGAAGCCGUACGCGUGCUCCGAGUGCGGCAAGCGCUUCAGCUGGAGCUCCAACCUCAUGCAGCACCAGCGCAUCCACACGGGCGAGAAGCCCUACGCGUGCCCCGAGUGCGGGCGCAGCUUCACGCAGAGCAAGAGCCUGGCCAAGCACCGGCGCUCGCACAGCGGCCUCAAGCCCUUCGUGUGCCCGCGCUGCGGCCGCGGCUUCAGCCAGGCCAAGAGCCUGGCGCGCCACCUGCGCCUGCACCCCGAGCUGGCCGCCGAGGGCAAGGCGGCCGCGCGCAGGGCCCGCGCCGCCGUCGUGGCCGAGGUCGAGGCCGAGGUGGCCGCCGCCGCCGCCGCCGCCGCCGCCGCGGCCGCCGCCGCCUCCCUGGGGGGGGCCGCGGACGGAGACCCGGCGGGGGCGGGGGACGGCGGGGGGGCGGCCGAGCUGGGCGAGCGGGUGAUCAAGGUGGAGGUCGGGGCGGGCGGCGUGGUGGCGCGGCCGCGGCGCGCCCCGACCCUCAAGCCCUACGUGUGCGUGGAGUGCGGGAAGGGCUUCACGCAGGGCGCCGAGCUCCUGGGCCACCAGCGCGCCCAGCACGGCCUGGGCAGCUGGGCCGGCGAGGCCAAGGCCGAGGAGGGCGAGGACGCGGCCGCCGCCGCCGCCGCCGAGGAGCCCGCCCACAUCUGCGUGGAGUGCGGCGAGGGCUUCGGCCAGGGCGCCGCGCUGCGCAGGCACAAGAAGACGCACGCCGUGGGCGCCCCCCUGGUGUGCGGCGCCUGCGGGCAGAACUACUACGGGGCGGCCGGGGGGGCCGACGAGGGCCGCUGCGGCGACUGCCGGGCCCGGUAGGGGCGGCGGCGCCCGGGGGGAGGGGCUCCUCGGGCUGGCAGAGGGCGGGAGAGCGAGCACACGAGCCAGACCAGACACACUCAGCGGGGGCGGCCGAGGGGCGGCGGCGGCGGCGGGGCGGGCCUCUUCUCCAUUCCCCCACAGUCUGGGCCACCCAGACGCCCAGGGGCCGGCCGGGCGCCCCUCCUGAGCCGAGGGGGAGCCCGGGGGACGGGUCGCUCCUCUCUCGCUUAGCGUUUUCCUUUAGUUCUCCUCCCCCCUUUUCUAGGCCAUUGGAGGGCCCCCUCCCUCCCCCCUCCUAUCUGCCCUCCCCAGCCAGGUGGGGGGAGGGGGAGUCGGGAACAAUAAACGGAGCCAUCAGAUUGUC